CUGUCCGGUUUCCACAUCACAGUGAUUACACACGCAGCUAACCUCUUCUAGUCGGGAAAGUUUUUGAUAAACAGCAGCCAUGGCACCCCCUAAUACAAUCCAAGAGUUGAAAGACAUUGCUAACAAAUUGAGGAUUGACAGCAUUCGCGCAACUUCUGCGUCGAAGAGUGGGCAUCCGACAUCAUGUUGUUCCGCAGCAGAGAUCAUGUCCGUUCUGUUCUUCGACGUCAUGCGCUACAAGGUGAAGGAACCACGUGAUCCCUCCAGUGACCGAUUCGUCAUGUCCAAGGGUCACGCCGCUCCCAUCCUGUACGCGGCGUGGGCCGAGGCCGGACUCUUUCCGCCUUCCGAACUGCUGAAUCUCCGCAAGAUCGACUGCGACCUGGAGGGACACCCGACGCCGACGCUGCCGUUCGUUGACGUGGCGACCGGCUCGCUGGGACAGGGGCUGAGCUGCGCUGCCGGCAUGGCAUACACGGGCAAGCACUUCGACAAGGCGAGCUACCGCGUCUACUGCCUCAUGUGCUGCGUGGAGAAUGAGGAGGACUGGCAUGGCAAGCCCCUCGGCAACAAGACGGACGAAGCCAUCGCCGCCAUCGAGGCGCGCAUCGUCAACAAGGGCGCCAACGCCAUUGUUCCGCAGCCUCCGCCCGUCGACGACGCCGCACCGAUCGACCCCGACGCCAAGAUCAUGCUCUCGCAGCCGCCCAACUACGAACUCGGACAGCUGGUUGCGACGAGGGAGGCGUACGGCAUAGGCCUGGUGAAGCUGGGCAAGGGCAACAGCAGAGUGAUCGCGCUCGACGGGGACGUGAAGAACUCCACCUUCUCCAUCAAGUUCCGUAAUCAGAUGGGGGAGCGUUUCAUCGAGUGCUACAUUGCUGAGCAGAACCUCGUUGGCGUGGCGAUCGGCUGCGGAACGCGCGGGCGCACGGUGCCCUACGUCAGCACGUUCGCAGCGUUCUUCGCGCGAGCCUACGACCAGAUCCGCAUGGGCGCCAUCUCGCAGACAAACGUCAACUUCUGCGGCUCGCACGUCGGAUGCUCGAUCGGCGAGGACGGGCCGUCGCAGAUGGCGCUGGAGGACAUGGCGAUGUUUCGCGCGAUCCCCGGCGCCACCGUCUUUUAUCCGUCGGACGGCGUGUCUACGGAGCGCGCGGUGGAGCUGAGCGCAAACCUGCGCGGCGUCUGCUUCAUCCGCUCCAGCCGCCCAGCCAACCCCGUCAUCUACUCGAACAACGAGACGUUCAAGCCCGGCCAGGCGAAGGUUGUGCGUAAGUCUGACUCGGACGCGGUGACGGUGAUCGGUGCAGGUGUGACGCUUCACGAGGCGAUGAAGGCCGCCGACACGCUCGCCGCCCGCGGCAUCAACAUCCGAAUCGUCGACCCGUUCACCGUCAAGCCGCUAGAUGCCGCCACCAUCCUCGCGUGCGCUCGCGAGACUGGCGGAAAGAUCCUGACCGUCGAGGACCACUACCCGGAAGGUGGCCUCGGCGAGGCGGUGUGUUCGGCGAUGUCGGACGAGAUGGACGUGCGCGUUCGCAAGCUGUGCGUGCCUCGCAUCCCGCGCAGCGGCCCGCCCGCCGUCCUCCUCGACAUGUUCGGAAUCAGCGCCAAGUGCAUCGUCACCGCCGUCGACAACUUCAAGUAGGCGGCGCCCCCGAGUGGCGGGAUUUUGCGGGGGCGGACAGACGGAGGGGGGCGUUCGCCCGCCUCGCGCACGGGUUUUGUCGCGCCUUGGGGGCGCGGCGUUUGCUUGUUUUGUUGAUCGAAUGCGCGGUGCGUCGACCGGCGCGUGCGUCGUUCGCUUGUUUUGUUGACGUUCGGCAGCGGCGUGCGCGCGGCGGGUCUCAUGGUCGGGUGCCUCCCCCUGGAGUUGCGAGCGGGUACUAACGAGUGGGUGGGAGCGAACGACUGUUUAACGCGACGUAGUGGCGGCGGCGGUGGCGGUGUAGUGCGGGCGGCACUAUUCUUACAUUCCAGUACUGGCGUGCGGCGUGGCACGACUAGCAGGCAGCAGAUCUCAGGCCGUCGCCGUCGCUCUGACUCGUCCAAUAGCAGCAUAGGCUGGGGACUAGUGAUUGUUUGGCUCUGUUUAGACCAAUAUCAGCAUAGGCUGGGGGACUAGUUACUGUUUAGCCCUGUUUGGACCAAUAGCAGCAUAGGAUGGGGGACUAGUUACUGUUUAGCCCUGUUUGGACCAAUAGCAGCAUAGGAUGGAGGACUAGUUACUGUUUAGCCCUGUUUGGACCAAUAGCAGAGGCUGAGCCACGGCUAGUUGACUAGUCGAUCUUCGAUGUUGCUUGAUUCGGCAGCGGAGUAUGAGUGACUAGUUCCUGCUUGUUUAUGUUUAAGAGCAAUAUCAGCUGUAGUCUGGGUGACUACACAUCAGUCGUUCACUUCCACCUGUAUGCUGUGGACGAGGUAGAUGUGUCAGCGGUAGUAUGUGGUGCCCUCUGGUGUUGGCAGUAGGAUGCGGUGGUGCCCUCUGGUGUUGAUUGUUAACUGUUCAUCUUAUUCCAUUGCUGUAGCGUAAUAGUAUAUUAAAGUCACGUUUAACGUUGAGGGAGCAUUGUGGAUUGCUAUCGUUAAGUGGCAUGUGAUACAGAAAUUUAUUUGAACCGAUAGAUGUUAAUUGACAGAUAUUCCUUUCUUUUUUGUCGUUAGCCGGUGUUGUACGAGCGGCAGCCGAAAGCAUUGCGUAUGUACGAGAGAAAAUAUUAUGUUAAAUGCAUGUACGUUCUGUAUGCGGCAGCGUAGGUGUUUAAUACCGGUGAUUGAUUGUUUUGUUCUAUUAUUGAUUAUGGUCGUCUGGGAAAAAAGGUUGGCAGCAAAUCAUGAUGUUUUUCAUUGGUUCUAGGAGCCUGGCACGCUAUAGAAUCUAGAUUGUGUUGGUGUUUGCAGAUUCCGUAGUUGCCUGCGUUGUAAUGCGAUAGUGACGAUUGCAAAGCUUAAUAAAGUCAUGCACAUCUGACA